GAAGGCGCCUUCGCCAGCUUUGCUGCGGGUGCGACGGCGGAGGGAAGCGUGUUGGUAGUCGCGUCGUCUGCGACCGCGUUUUCUGCCAGAAAUACUCCGUGUGUGCCCCUGUGUGUGUGUGUGUUUGGUGUAGGCAUAUUUCUUGUUUAUCGCCGCCAAUGCGCGUACUACCUGCAGCCCGUGGAUACUGACUGAGCCUGCUUCGGGAUGUCGGACUACGAUCUGCUCGGGUUAUUCGAGCCGACGUCGGAGUGCUGCGGUGUUGCGUCGUAGCUUCGGAUCGGUGGUGGUGCUGGGGGGAGAACCGGCGAAGUUGUUUUGGCUUUUGGUUCGCGUUCGCCGCAACCCGGCCGGCUCUUUUUUCUUUUUAAUUUUAUUUAUUUACUCCUACUUUGUUUUCUGUGGCCGACAUGACGAGGCGGAGGUUGAGAUCACGGCGUUGGCGGACCAGCGCCUGCCGCCGGCACGCCCCGAGCGCCUAGGACUAAGACUCCGUGUUGGCUGUCGUCUGCGAAGCCUCCUGGGUUCUCUCUCUCUACCCGAUGUUGGAACUCCGACACUCUUCGUCCUUGGCGAGAACGUUUUAAGUCGAUAGCGUUCGACUCGAACAAAAAGCUGCGUAUAUCGAGCCCGUAUUCGUCGGUGCUCACCACAACUUCGAAACGUGUGGAGUUUUUGCCUGCUUUGCCGAUAAGUCCAGCUGUGUGCCGACUUGGAUGCGGCCUCAAGAACCCAACGUUCCUCGAGUCUGAACGGACACCUUGCAUCGGUUCUUCGCCAAGUGUUUCUGGUCAGCGGAGCUUUUGAUGUGGGCUGUAGCGAGUUCCUCCUGACGUCUGCGGAGUUGUGUCGGCGUGGCGUGUGGCGUCUGACGUUCCAUGCCGGACCGUCGUCGGGUGCGUUGGAUGAGGCAAGAUGCUGCGCUGUCUGUCGCUCCCUGCGUAUCGCUGUCUCAAGGAAGACGAGCCUGGCGACGACCAGGGCGCCGCGCCGGCCGCCCUGGCUGACUGCUGCGGCCCCCCAACGUCCGCGGCCAGCCGUACCUUCCGCAAGCCGUCGGCGGCGUCCCGCCUGAUCGUCCCCGCCGAGAAGCCCCGCCUGCACAGCGCCAGCCCAGCCCGGGGCUCUCUGCCGGCCCCAGCCUCGGCGCCCGCGACCACGGGCGGAGGCGCCAGCUCGGCCUUGGCUCGCGCCACCGCGGCGCCGCGGGACCACGCGGACGCCAGGGCGCCGGCCUUCGUCAGGCACCUGGAGGCCAACCUCAGGAGAAAGGAGGACCCCAGCCAGCACAGCAGGGCCGGCGCAGACGACGACGCGGCCACGGGCACCGCCGGAUCCGAGCGCUACACCCGCCUGCCCCAAGGGAGUUCGAGCACCGUCGCACCACCCGUGCCAGCCCCGGUGUCCGCAACGUCCAACGCGUCUGCGAGGAUAUUGCCUUCUUCCCUACCGCCAGCACCGCCGCCCCCCGUUCCUUCGAGCGUCCCGGCGUCUGUCUUACUGUCGUCCGAACCAGCCGCCGUCAGGACACCGCCGGUGAGGAGAAUGGCCACAGCCGCGUCGUGGGGACAGGUGGCAACCCCAGCUCCAAGGCACCAGCAUCACCAGCAAGCACAGCAGCAGCAGCAGGAACCAUGUCACCACCAGCUGCCUCAGGGAUUUGUCAGCAGACCUCCGAGGGGAUGGUUACAUACGGACCAAGAAGUGCUGGGGUUGGGAGUCACCUACAGGGUUAGGUAUAUCGGUUGCCUGGAUGUCAAGAUGUCCAUGAAGUGCCUAGACUUCGAUACAAGAUCCCUCAUCGCAAAGGAGUGCAUCACGCGGGUUUGCGAAGCCGCCGGAUUGAAAGCAGUCGACAAGAAGCGGAAGGUGGAUCGGAGGCUCCAGCGCAUGCUGGCGGAGCGCCCCAACAUGGACUAUGCGGGCUCCAACGUGAACCUGUGCGUGACCAGCUCGAGCCUCAAGCUCUCCAUCCUGGAGACUGGUCAAGCCAUCGCCGACCACAACAUGCCCAACAUUUCCUUCGCUUCAGGAGGAGACGCGGAGACGUUGGAUUUUGUGGCGUACGUGGCGAAGGACGGCCAGGGAGCCCGGGCGUGCCUCGUCCUGGAGUGUGGGGGAGGCCUGGCACAAGACGUCAUCACGACCAUCGGUCAGGCCUUCGAGCUGCGCUUCCGGGAGUUCAUGCGCGGGGUUCCGGCGCCGCCCCCCCUGCCGAGCCUGGUACCCAGGAGGCCAACGGAAAGUACGGCGGCGCCUCCUAGGGACGACCCGGAGUACUACAACGACCUCCCCGGGAAAAUGCCUCCCGAAGCACCGCCGCCACCCGUCCCCCCUCUCCCAGACUACCGGAACGAAGUUCCCGAGGAGCUAUCGAAGGACGUGGUGGCACCGCUGGGGACGACCGGCGUCAAGGAGGUCGUCCCGGGAACGGCCCCGCAGCCCAACGCUCGCAGGGUGUCCCGCGACACCAACCUCAUCGACCUGAGCGGGGAGGAGCUGCCCCCAGCGGCAUUGACACCGCGCCACGAGUAUGUGAACAUGGGGCAAGAUUCUGGACGAACCAGAAAUGGAGUGCUGGAUCCCUUUGACAUGCAUCCGUUUGUGAGCGGUCUGCCCCUCCCUCCUCCGCGGAACCUGUCCCCAUUUACCGAAACGACGGCAGCCGCCUCGGCGGCCGCACCGGCCGUCGCCCCCGCGCCAACGACAAUCGUCGCCGCGACGACGGUUGCCACGACGACGACACCCGAAGCACGGCAUCGUGCGACCUUGGAGAAAGAGGCCUGGUUCCACGGCGCCAUCAGCCGCAAGGAGAGCGAAGGGCGGCUGGCGGAAGACGGCGACUUUCUCGUGCGCGAGUCCCAGGGGAACCCGGGACAGUUUGUCCUGACGGGGAUGCAGGGCAGCGCACGCAGGCACCUGCUACUGGUGGAUCCCGCCGGCGUGGUUCGCACCAAAGACAGAACUUUCGACAGCGUGAGCCAUCUGGUGAACUACCACAGGGACAAUGCGCUGCCCAUUAUUUCGGCCGAGAGUGCCCUCGUACUCAAAACCCCCGUGCCCCGACCGCGCUGAACGGAACCCCGGCCCACCGCCCGCCAAACGAGCUUCACGUGGACACGUUCGACGCAAAGAUCCAAACCCUUCACACCCGGAGGUGCAAGGGGAGCAAGUGUCACCAUCACCGCAGGAAAAGUGCCAUGCGGUGUCACCGAGAACUUCUGCGCCUCACCACAGCCGGAGUCUACACCGGAAUGUGCUGUGUCGUCGUAGCAAAAGUGGCUGGAAAAACUGAGGCCCGCUUCAAGCCCCCCAAAAAGAUGUGCCGUGUCUGCAAAAAGUGCUCGCGGGAAAUGGGUGCGAAAGGGGGCGAUUCAGCUCCGGGGAAAAAAGAAAAUACGUCACCGCCGUGGGCGAAUGGCGAGGCAGGUGCACUCGGUGCCAGGAAACGUGCCGAGUCGGCAAAAACGCCGCGUCACUGUGGUGUCGCCAUUUCCACCAAGUGCUCCAAUGUAGGCACCACAAUCCUCGUGGACGUGGUUCGGACUUUCAAAAACCGCCGAGUUGUGGUGUCCUCGGGAGACGGUUCGUGGUCCUCGAGAAUUCGGUACACUUCGAACUUCAAGGACACUUCAAGGUCAAAGUGUGCCGUCCCAAACUUCAGAGGAAGUUACGGCCAAGGAAACAAAGAACAAAGUGAACAAACAAACGCAGAGCAGUCGGGAAGAAACGUGUAUGGUUCGGUUUCGUCCAGUCGACAAAACCAACUUCCUUUUGGAUUUUUUUUUUUUUGUCUCUAGUUUGUCCGACUCUAGUCACCAAUGUCUGGCUUAGAAUCAUCAAAGUGGAAGGAACAAAUGCCUUUUUUUUUAUAUAAAUAUAUAUAUAUACAUAUAUAUAGCAGCACAGAUCUUUUCCUCUAACAUUUUCUUUUUGACCCCUUUCCAAGCUCUCGUGUGCGCCUCUAAUUUAUACUACACGCUAUAUUUUCUUGUGCCGUGUAUGUUGUGGAAACUUUUCAGAUGUAGUUUACGCAGUAGCUAGUGUAAAUACCCUUGUAAAGACAAAAGUUAAUUUAUGCUACACCUCCCCCCCCCCUUCCCCCUCACAAAAGAACCUAAAUAAAGACGGUCUCGCUGCGCUUUCAAGAUGUCCCAAUAAAAAGACGUUGGCCGAAUCGUGAAAAUAAAAAAAGUGCCGUAUUUAACUCGCACCUAUUUCUUUCUUUUGUACAGAGUACCUGAAUGCUUGAAUAAAUGUCUCCUAUCUACGAUA